UCAGAAGCAGAACUUAAAAUAUUGUCGCCUACUGUAGGUUAAUCAUUAGUCGACACGAUAGUAAGUAGCCUAUAUAUAUAGCAUCUGUUUCAUUUCUAACUUCAAAUUCAACAAGCUUUUGAUUGUAGCACCUCGUUCAACCGACCAACUGAAGAUGAAUCCCAGCGGCAACAGACCCAGUGGGAAAACAUUCCUUUUUACAUCGGAGUCAGUUGGAGAGGGACAUUCUGACAAAAUGUGUGACCAAAUAAGUGAUGCUGUCCUUGAUGCAUACCUAACUCUGGACCCUGACUCCAAAGUGGCUUGUGAAACUGUUACAAAGACUGGUAUGAUCAUGCUGUGUGGAGAGGUCACCUCCAAGGGUGUAGUGGACCUCGUGGAGGUGGUCAGGAACACCGUUAAGAAGAUUGGUUACGAUCACUCCUCCAAAGGGUUUGACUAUAAGACGUGUAACGUGCUGGUGGCCCUAGAGCCCCAGGCAGAGGAGAUAUCAGUAUGUGUGUUUGAAGGCAAGGAUCAGGAUGACAUCGGAGCCGGAGAUCAGGGCCUGAUGUUUGGCUAUGCUACAGAUGAGACAGAGGAAUGUAUGCCUCUCACCAUCUUACUGGCCCACAAACUCAACCACAAGAUGAAGGAGCUGUCUGCCAACGGCGAGUGUCCUUGGAUCAGACCGGACUCUAAAACUCAGGUUACAGUGGAGUAUCGUGAUAACAGUGGGGCCAUGGAGCCAGUGCGUGUCCAUACAGUGGUCAUCUCUGUGCAGCAUAGCCCUGAUGUCAGUCUGGAAGAGAUACGCCGUAGCCUGAUGGACAGCGUGGUCCGGAAGGUCAUCCCUGCCCGUUACCUAGACGACAAGACCAUCUACCACCUGCUGCCAAGUGGGAAGUUCCUUCUGGGCGGACCUCAGAGUGAUGCAGGACUGACAGGUCGUAAGAUCAUAGUGGACACGUAUGGAGGGUGGGGAGGGCAUGGUGGAGGGGCCUUCUCUGGAAAGGACUACUCUAAAGUGGAUCGCUCUGGGGCCUAUGCAGCCCGCUGGGUGGCCAAGUCUCUGGUGAAAGCUAAGCUCUGCCGGAGAGCCUUGGUUCAGGUUUCGUAUGCCAUCGGCGUGGCUCACCCUCUGUCCAUCUCUGUGUUCCACUAUGGAACGUCCACCAGGCAGGAGGAUGAACUGCUGCAGAUCGUCAACAACAACUUUGACCUCAGGCCUGGGGUAAUUGUCAAAGAGCUGGGUCUGAAGCGGCCUAUCUACCAGUCCACUGCCUGCUAUGGACACUUCGGCCGGGACGAGUUCCCCUGGGAGAAGCCCAAGCCACUGCAGUUCUGAUGGAAACAACCACUUAUCACCUGGCUGUUUCUUGUAAAUCUGACUGCCAAAUAACACUAUCAGAUAAAAAGUGUAGUUCCUUUCUCUUUAUGAUUGAACAUGUAAUUGUCAACUGUGAAUCAUGGGCCAAAUUCUAUCUUUUAUCCUACUGAAAAUAUAAAUGGACAUUUCAGCAA